CACCGGCGCGCGAGUGAUAUAAUCAGAGGUUGACCGAGUCAACGGAUAUCGAUCUCCGAGCGUGUGAGGUCCGACAGGUCGGCUGAUUAAUGAGUUCAGGCCGCUUUUGCCGACUGAUUAAGUUGAAGCCCCCUGUAGCUUUCUCACAGCUUGUGAAUCGUCCACAUCGCAAUGUUCACCAAACGGCUUCUCAGCAAACUCAUUUAAAGAGGCAUCAAGAUCGAAAUACUACCGAAAAGCGGUCCGGCCAGUUCUCCGGCGGAAAACCUCUUGGCAAUGACCGCUUCUCGACUUGGUAUGAGAAUCAGCAUGUACCCAGCAGAGCGUAUUCACAUGCGAGUCGCAUCUUCAUGCCGGAGGAGGAAUUUCGCGAAGGCAAAGCGAAAGCGUUGAAAGGUGAGGAGGCGCAUCCGACCAACGUCGAGGAUAUUCUCUUCGACAUGUUUAGGGAUGAAGACGAUAAAAUAUCCAUCGCGAAGUUCUUCGACGCUCUUUUCGCUACUGGUCUGAAGAAAAACGACCACCGGCUCAAGGAAAUGAUGACGAACUUGCGCGAAAUUCAUGGAGGCGCGGGUGGCAUGGGUUCCCUGGAAGGUUUGAGCUUGGAUAAGGCAACGUUCAAGCACGUUCUCAAAGAGAACAUUGUCCUUAUCACGAGAGCACUCAGACACCAGUUCGUAAUUCCCGAUUUCCAAGAUUUCACGGCAUAUGUCGAGAAAUUCUACUGGAGAUGCAAAGGCAAUCAGAACGGCAACGUCGCGACUUAUAUACCACAGUUGGCAAAAUACUCGCCCGACUACUGGGGCGUCUCGGUGUGCACCGUGGAUGGCCAAAGAUACGCAAUCGGCGACGCGGAGGUUCCUUUCACCAUACAAUCGUCAGGGAAACCCCUGAACUAUGCGAUCGCCCUCUCGGAACUUGGGGCGGAUACUGUUCAUCAAUAUGUCGGUCAGGAACCAUCUGGAAGAAUGUUCAACGAGCUCGUGCUCGAUCACAACAGGAAACCGCACAAUCCGAUGGUGAACGCAGGAGCUAUAAUUAUCGCGUCUACGCUGCUCAAUCUAAUCGAGCCCGAGAUGAGAGCAUCGGAGAAGUUUGAUUGGAUGUGCCAGUAUUACCGCGCUUUGUCGGGUGGAGAGUAUCUGUCAUUCAACAAUGCGAUCUUCCUCUCGGAGCGUGAAGCUGCGGAUCGUAAUUACGCGAUCGCCUAUUACAUGAAGGAAAACAAAUGCUUCCCAGAGAAGGUCAUAUUGAAGGACGCUAUGGAUUUCUAUUUCCAACUAUGUUCCCUCGAGGUGAAUUGUCAUUCGGUGUCUGUCAUGGCUGCUACAUUGGCCAACGGAGGCAUCUGUCCGAUCACCGGCCAUCAGGUCAUCAACCCCAACUCGUGUCGCGAUGUCUUAUCGCUGAUGCACUCUUGCGGCAUGUAUGACUAUUCGGGUCAAUUCGCAUUCAAAGUCGGUCUACCCGCCAAGACGGGAGUGGCCGGGUGCACCAUGGUCGUGAUACCGAACGUCAUGGGCCUUGGUCUCUGGUCGCCUCCCCUCGACAACUACGGGAACUCGGUGCGCGGCGUGAACUUCUGCGAAGAACUAGUUCGCGUGUUCUCGUUCCAUCAUUACGACAAUCUCCGUCACAUGACCCAGAAGAAAGACCCGCGUCGUCAAAAGUACGACACCAAAGGACAGAAAGUGGUCAAUCUGUUAUUUUCAGCGGCCAGCGGUGAUGUUACCGCUAUGCGAAGACAUUACUUGUCUGGAAUGAACAUGGGGCUCUCCGAUUACGACGGCAGAACAGCCCUCCAUCUGGCAGCCGCCGAAGGCCACAUAGAAGCGGUUGAGUUCCUUCUCAAAAUCUGCGGUGUGAAUCCCUGCAACAAAGAUCGUUGGGGUCAUACUCCACUCGACGAUGCCAGGACUUUUGGUCAUAGUUCAAUCGUGGAUUAUCUCGGCAAGUGGAAUGAAGGAAACACCAUCCAGGAGGUAACGAAAGAUAAAGAUGCUGAGGAAAAACCAGUCGCGAAACCAGAUCUAAAAACUCCGACCCCGUAAAUGUCGGCCCCGAGAGCUAAGAAGUCCGACGAGACGGGCCCCAUCGAAAGCAGAGUAUUCUGAGAAGUAUUCUCAGAGUAUUCUGAGAGCGAAGUAUUCUCACCCCGCUGGAUUUUUUCCGGGAGUGUGCAUGCCGAGGACUUUCUUAACUUCUCCUAAGUGAGAGCGUUAUCCCUCCACGAGACACCCAGUCUUUCAAUGAAGUUAGUUAGGUGCAUCUGUCAGCCAGUUCACGAGUCAUAAGAUGGACAUACUGCAAUAUUUUUUGUUCUUAGAUCACGUUUCGUUUCUGAGCAGUCGACCCCGUCAUGGAUUAGGUACACAUGGAAGGGGGUAGGGACCCUACAUACGGGAAAUUAUCAUGUAAUAAAAGACUUU